AUGGAUUGCACCUAUUCUGACUGUGACCAGAGCGACCUCUCCUUCCCACUGACAGAUGAAGAGGACAGACUCAGUUUCCUAACUGCGUCACCUCCAUCUUCAGUUAGUACCCCAUCUGGCGAGCUCCUCCUGCCGAGCCCGACUCCCCGCUCUAACCUGGAGAGGUCAGAGGACCCGCGAGACAAGAAGCGCAAACCCAGAGGCCGCUCGAAAGCAAAGCCCCAAAGCGGCCAGCACCUGGUGAAGCGAAGCCGGAGGACCAAAGCCAACGACCGAGAGAGGAACAGGAUGCACAACCUGAACUCCGCCCUGGAUGACCUCCGCAGUGUCCUGCCAACCUUCCCCGACGAUGCCAAGCUGACCAAGAUAGAAACUCUGCGAUUCGCCCAUAAUUACAUCUGGGCUCUGUCUGAAACCCUCAGACUGGCCGAUCAGUGUAUGGACAGCAGCCGCAAGCCAGUGAUGCUGCCCGGCUAUCUGAAAAACAUCGACCCACCCAGCCCAAGCAGCGAUGAGGGAUCCUGGGUGACCACAGCAUCCCCAUCAUCUGCAACCACUUGCACUUCCAGUCCAGCCAGUCCCUCCACCUCCGAAGACUAUGCAUAUAAAAGACCUUCGGACAGCAUCUUCUCAUUCCGCACUAUCCAAAAAGAGUUUCUCAAUGAAGUGACCUGUUUCAAUGAAUACCAUUGA